AUGUCUCUGAAUGGGCUGGAUAAUCCCGCCGUCCUCGAAGCCUAUCAAUCUGUUUUGACCGAGGCCGGAGGAUGGUUUCUCCUUCGGUAUGUCUCCAGAGAUGAAGUCGCCCUCCUCGAUCGAGGAACCGGUGGGGUGCCCGACGUCCGCAACGCCAUCGACGCCUACGAAGAGACCUCUCCGCUCUAUGGCUUUCUCCAGUAUCGUCGCAGGAAGGUCGUGCUGAGCUACAUGCCCGAGGGCCUCUCUCGUCUUAUUCAAGCCUCCGAACUCACUGAGAGCGCCCUGUCGUCCGCAUGUCUGCUACAUACCGCAUCAGGUUCCAUCACCUCCUCGUCGAGCUCCCUCCGCCGCCGGAGACUGAUGGAGAUCGCCGAGGAUGCAGAGGAAAGUCCCGCGACAAAAGACGUCACACAAGCCCCGUCGGUCGGCAAUGAGACGCGCGAACGGUCCUUUAGCCAACUCUCCGAGGCCACCAUUGUACCGCCCCCGUCCGAGGCACAACCGCCGUCGAACGCCGAUGAACCAUCGGUCCCCGCGAAUCCCGUGGACAACCACCAACCCAAUGGACGCCCCCCGUCGAUCGCCGAAGGUCGUGUGUCGGAAUACGCACCCUCGAAGCCCCUACCCGCUGAGGAAGCCUCCUAUGCAGCAUCCGAGCCCCGCAGAUCGACCCAGUCCGCAAGGCCGUCCCUACGGGAUCUGGACCGCUCCAGCGUACACAAACAGAAAGUAAAACUCGGCCCUCGACCGUCCGUGGACGGGAGCGGCCGUCCUCGCACCGCGGGGAACCUGUCUCGGAGUGCUGAACAGCGGCCUGUCGUUUCGUUACCCGCCGGCAUGCGUUCGUCAUCCUUACGAAAGUCCAAUCCCGCCCCCGCUCGCCCUCGGUCACAAGGGAGCACAGUAGCAUCUUUCUCUGGCAUGUCGAGCAGGUCCAGUACCGCACCGCCGGUCCCUCCUCUAUUAGUCCCGCCCGCGUCCAUGCAAAUUGGACGACCCCAGCUGUCGCCCGGUGCUCGAUCAUUAAGCGCCCUAUCAUCAUCGGGGACCUCGCACGAGAAGGAGCGGCUGAUGAAAGCUCUCCAACUCCGGAAGACACAAAUGCAAAAGAAGGCACAAGAGGGAAAGAACUCAAAGCCGGCUCAGGAGCCCGAAAAGCCCGUCUUGGAUGCAGUGGAGGAUAAGGAGAACAUCUUUCAGGGAAGCGGAACGUCGGAUACUAGUAACAAACAGACGAGCGGCAUAGAGAACGGCAAGGAGCCGCUGUCCGAAACGCAGCCGUGCGCGCCUCCAGAGCCCUCAGAGUCUCCUAACGAGGACGAAGAAAACUCAGCAGAGCAAUCGCAGUCCGAGCCGGUCCUGCCCCUAUCCACCGACCCUGAUCAGCGUGGGGAUCCCCCUGCUGAUAUAUUACCCCCGACGACAAACGAAGAAAAUUCGAUGGAUCCUCGUGAAACGGCAGAAACGGGGCAGUUUCAGAAGACACCAAGCCUUACCGAGCCCGAAACAAACGCCAUCCAGCAGGACUUGGUCGUGUCUGUUGACCGUGAGGCUAAGAGUGGCCCCGACUCGCCUAGCGCCGUCAUCGAAGUCCCACUCGGGGAGCAGUCGCCAAAAGCUCCAGAGGAAGAAAUUACGGCUGCUUCUACGUCCCCACCGGCGGAAACGAAACCUCCUGUUCCUGCAGAACCAGAGGGCGACCGGACAGGCCCAUCCACCGACCCCCUCCCCCCACAGUCUAUUGCUCUUCCUACCUCUCCCUCCUCUGAAUCACCACUGGACGCCGCCCCUGACCCCUCCAAAGCAGCUGCUUCUCCCGGAACCACACCGCAGCAUGAAUUGACCCCUGAAAUUCCGACCGUGGAAGACAAGGACGUGAACCAGCCCAAGGAUAAACGCAAACCUCUCCUCGAGCCCAUCCAAGUCCCGACCCCGGAAUAUUCUGAUGACGAUAACCUCCUCUCGGACGACUCCUUCAUGGAAGAAUUAACGAGUGCCACGGUGGAAGAGGCCAAGCCCAUAUCCGUCGGGAAGUCGCCGUUGUCUCCCGGCUACUCCAACAGUGCCAACGAGACCGUGGCCCCGGAUGCCUGGAGGAAUUCGCGAGCCGUCUCCAAUCCCAGUGCGGUUGGUCAUCCCACGCCCAACAUGCAAGCAUUCGCGGUGGGCAGAUCGGUUUCGACGCCCUACCCCGACACGGACAACUCCACGAGCCCGGUUCUGGUGGCCAAGAAGAUCAACGUGUCGUCGGGGAUCUCGAAACGUAUCAAAGCCUUGGAAAAGUUCUCAAACAACUCUCCAUCCCACUCGUCCCAGAACUUAACCCCGCCAUCUGCGUCCUCGUCCUUCGAGACUCUCCGCAAGAGAGCCUCGGUGUCCCUCAGCAGUCCAGAUAACGGCCCCUCUCGGCAUAGCACAUACACGCCGGAAGCGUUCUCUCGAGCCUCGAGCGUGUCACGUCGUGGCUCGCAAUCGAGUACUGGGGGAAAGCGUACGACCCGGUCGGUCUCGGUAACCGCUCGGAUCAUCCGCGAACCUGCACCCAGUGACGCGAACGGGGAAUCGACCGAAUCUGGCGUGCUCAAUCUCCAAGCGAGCCCAUUGACCGUCGAACAUGAGACGUCGGAAGCUCCUCUUUCACAGAGCUUGUCGGCGGAGUCGGCAACCAACAAUGCCGAGCGUAGCAUGUCGACGUCCUCUGCGGCCUCGGCAGGCUCGGGCCCUCCCCCGCGCUCGGAAAGCCGGCUAUCCAUCUCUUCGACAUCAAGAAACGAGAUCGCCUCAUCCCCAGAGGAAAAGAAAGAAUCUCGGACGUCUCGACUGAUUCGCCGCAUGUCGUCGAUCAAAUCUCACUCCCGAAAGAGCACUGUUUCGACUGUAAGCCCCGUUGUCAAGGAGGAAAGCUCGCCUUCUCGGAGCAAAGAGUCGGAGGCAGCGGAAGCUCCUGAGGCGGUCGACAUCGGCGAGGUUAAUGUCCAAUUCCCGGACGCGCUCCUGUGGAAACGGCGCUUCGUCCGAGUCGAUGACCAGGGUUAUCUGGUUCUGACACCUGCGAACGCGGAUUCGACCCAGAGGAACAUGGUCAAACGGUUCCACAUGACGGAAUUCAAGACGCCUUGUCUCCCCGAUGAAGAUCGGGAAGAGAUGCCCAACAGUAUCAUGCUGGAUUUGUUCAACGGUAGCACCCUGCAGUGUGCGUCCCUUGUUCAUGCCCACAGCAUCCAUCAGUCGCCUCCAACUCAAUAG